GUCAAUUUAGGUGGCACCUUCAAUGUGAUCCGCCUUUCAGCAGCAGUAAUAGCUGAAAAUGAACCAGAUGCAGAUGGACAGCGAGGUGUUAUAAUUAAUACUGCAAGUGUUGCUGCCUUUGAUGGCCAGAUUGGGCAGGCAGCAUAUGCAGCCAGCAAGGGAGGUAUUGUGGGCAUGACUCUCCCUAUUGCCCGAGACCUGGCACCCAUGGGCAUCAGAGUUUGCACAAUUGCACCAGGUUUGUUUAAGACUCCAUUAUUGAUGAGCCUUCCAGAAAAAGUACAAAACUUCUUGGCCAAAACGAUGCCAUUUCCUCAGCGUCUGGGUAACCCUGAUGAGUAUGCCAUGAUGGUUCAGGCAAUCAUCACAAAUCCAAUGAUGAAUGGAGAGACUAUUCGUGUAGAUGGUGCCAUUCGAAUGCAACCCUGAGUUUCUGUGAAUCUCCUUGUCAUGUUACUGGGCAUAAAUGUGAUUCUGUAUUAUUAUUAAAGUGGAUACUCGUAAGAAACUUUUGCAAGAAUUAACUUUGGACUCUUGAUGCAAAGUGGCUAAUAACUAACAAUAAAGGUAACUAACACUACAUUUUUUUAGAAUCCUGUUAUUCUGUAUUUUUUGUAUAGUUAUGAUACUGUGCAGCUUGAAGGUUGUGUAAUAUAAAUAUUUGUUACUAGUGUUUAUGUAGAACUGAAAGCAGAUUUUUUUCAUCUUUAUAUGGGUAAUAAAUGCUAAUAAAUUUAUGAAAUCCCUGUAAUAACAGUCUUUAA